CCCAGUCCAAGUGGCAAAGGGAAGUUUGCAAAGAGAACAGUGAACUUACUACCACAGUUGUCUCAGGCAAGGUCUAAACCACUGUGGCAACAGACUUGUCCUUCAUUCCAUCUGAGCAAAGAACAAAAAGAUGACAAGUCAGAUGAGUUUACUGUAAAAAAUGAGUAUUCACCUGGAGAAUAUUUGAAGGCGAGGUGCAAGAGACACAAGAUUCAGGAUUCUAGAGGUAGUGAAGCAGGUGCUGGACCAUAUCCUCCUACAUUGCAGAGCAGCAGUCAUCUGAAAAAAACCCAUGAAAGUUUCAGAAGUGCUCUUGUUGACAUUAUAUUGCAGCAAGAUCUUACUGAAGGACAGAUUCCAUCCCUUGAAGGAACCCAGCCUCCAAGAGCAGAUUCUUCUACACCAAUAGAGAAAGAUAUUUUGAAAUACUACUAUUACAUUCGUCAUGGAAUUGAUACAGCAAAUGUGGCCCCAAUGGAUGAAUCAUGGCUAGACCACAUCUUAGCUUUAAUUCCACAGCAUCUGAAAGUAUUUGAUGAAAGUAUACAUUCACUGACUGAUGAAAUAAAAGAUGACUAUCUUCUGAGUGUAAAAAAGGCUAUAGUUGACUUUGUUCUAAGAGACACCAGGGAAAAAGAUGAAGACAAGGAGAAAGAUUUUCUUCUGCCUCAUCGUGCGGAACUAGAAGUAGUGCCAAAACCUUGGAACAAGUCUUUCUUGUCAGCGUGCAGUUACCUGAAAGAAAAUUUACAUGCAAUAAAUCCUUCAAUGCUUGCUGUUCUGAACUUAUGGGAGACCUCGUUUAUAAAUUUACGCCUUUUUGAUACGGAAAUAUUUCACAAUAAACAAGAAGCUGAGGAAUUCUCACUUUUCCAGAAUAAAGUCAUGAAGGAAAUUGGAAAAUCCAAAGUGAUUCUAUCUAAGAAGUGGUUUCCGGAAGUGCAGAAAAUCUUUUACCAAGGUAAUAAACAAAAACAAGUACCCAGCAAUGCCAGCAUCACUAAAUUAGAGUCUUUCUUCAGUUGUGCUGCCACUUUAAUGACUCGUCAACUGCAACAUUUGCUUUUACAUUCAAUUCAAGACUUUACAGAUUUAAUUGUUCAACCUGCAAAAUCAGUCCAAGCCUACAAACACCCAGGUUUAAUCCUGAGGCUAACUCUUCAGAAUGAUAGUAUUAAAUUUGAACCUGACUUUAAUGUCUACGAGGACAUAUUACUGAAUAUUUAUACUGUUAUGAUUCAAGCUGUCAGUGAUAUACCAAGAGUUGAGACCAAAUUAUUUUCUAAGUGGCCAACAGAUGAGUCCUCAUCAAGUGUCUUGAAGCCUGUUAUCCUAGAUGAGAUCUUGGAUGAACAUAAGAAAAGGAUCAGAGAAGAAAUUAUCAAAGAAAGUGCUUCACCUGUAGAACAUCUCAAGCUGUAUGAUAAGUACAGCUUCCUGAUAAACAAACAAGCUGAACAAGAUAUCGAUCAGUUCCUGACAGAGGAACACACCUUUGAAGAAAUGAAAAGGGAAGUUAUAAAGUACCGGAAACUUGCUAAGGAAAUAAAAUAUACUUCUAGGAAGUAUCUCCAUCUAGGAAUGUUUGAAUUGCAUUGUGAUGAAUUAAUAAGCGCUUUGGUAAAGCGAGCAGAUAAUAUUUGUGAAAAAGUUAUUUCCAAGAUGUUCAAAGAUCACCAAGACAUAAAUGUGAGAUUAUGUGAUGAGUUUGAGAGAAUAUCAGAAAAAGCUCUUACUACUCCAUCUAAUACACAGGAGCUAAUGGAACUUAAGGCCUGUAUGCAGAAAAUGGAAACAUGUGAUAUGCUCGAAUUGGAGCAGAAAUUAGUGGAUACUGUAAAUUAUGUUGCUUUCCUGAUAGAAUGUGUCAGUUUUCCGCCAGCAGACAUUCGCCUGAACAGUAAUGUUUUUCAAUGGUAUGCACGAAUGCCAGAUAUCUUUGAAGAGCACAGAAAGAUAAUUAAAGAAAAAACAGAUCAAUUUCAAGAUGGUCUUAAGAUACGCUGUGAACAAUUUGUUGAGGAACUGAAAAGCUACUCUAAGCAGGUUGAAGAACUUAGCACAUUUGGCGAUAUUCAGGAAGUCAACAGGUAUUUGAAGAAAGCUCAAGUGUUAAAUACAAAAUUGGAUCUUGCUGCUGAUAAGAUUGAUCAGUUGAAUUCAGAAGAAGAGGCUUUUGGAUGGCCAGUAUCUCAGUACCCUCAGCAUAAAAACAUCCGUAAUACUCUUGCUCCGUAUCUUCGUCUCUAUGAUAUGACUGUUGAAUUCAACAGAAAACACAAAGACUGGACAGAAGGAUCAUUUACAGAAGUGAAUCCAGACAAAGUAGAGGUGGAUGUAGGAAACUACUGGCAUGCACUGUAUAAACUAGAAAAAGCCUUCCACGAUUUUCCAAAUGCAUUAGCGAUAACAAGACAGGUUAAAUCAAAAGUAGAGGAAUUCAGAUGCCACAUUCCUCUAAUUCAGGUGAUUUGCAAUCCUGGUUUGCAAGAAAGACACUGGGAAGAGAUGUCAAAAAUUGCUGGUUUACCACUGUCUCCUUCUGAGGACUCAAAUGUCUUGUCAUAUAUUAACUUGCAUCUUGAACCAUUUCUAGAAAAGUUUGAGACCAUCAGUGAAACAGCCAGCAAAGAACAUUCACUUGACAAAGCUUUAACGAAAAUGAUUGCUGAAUGGGAUCAAAUGGAGUUCACUCUUCUGGCCUAUAGAGAAACAAGAACCCAUAUUUUGUCAUCUGUAGAUGAUAUUCAGAUGCUAUUGGAUGACCACAUUGUCAAAACUCAGACUAUGAGAGGAUCUCCAUUCGUUAAGCAUUAUGAAAAGAGAAUAAGGGAAUGGGAAGGAAAACUGUUGUUGGUACAAGAGAUCCUAGAUGAAUGGCUGAAGGUUCAGGCUACUUGGCUUUAUUUGGAGCCAAUUUUCAGUUCUCCUGACAUCAUGGCUCAGAUGCCUGAGGAAAGUAGGCGAUUCAGUAGUGUGGUUAAGACGUGGAAAGACUUAAUGAAAUCAGUUUUUCAGGACAAACAUGUACUGACAGUAGUAAUAAUAGACAAGAUGUUGGAAAAACUGCGGAAGUGCAAUGAACUUCUGGAGCUAAUUCUCAAGGGACUUAAUGAAUACCUAGAGAAGAAGCGCCUGUUUUUCCCCAGAUUCUUUUUUUUAUCUAAUGAUGAACUCCUUGAGAUUCUUUCAGAGACCAAAGAUCCUACUAGAGUACAACCUCACUUGAAAAAGUGUUUUGAAGGAAUUGCAAGAGUAGAAUUUACUGAUGUAUUGGAUAUUACACACAUUAAAAGUAGUGAAGGAGAGACAGUGGAACUCAUAGAGACAAUCUCAACAUCAGAAGCUAGAGGUCAAGUUGAAAAAUGGCUGGUUGAACUGGAGGCAGCUAUGCUGAAGUCUGUCCACAGGGUCAUUGGGGAUGCACUUGAAGCUUAUCCAAAAACUCCACGUGUUAAUUGGGUAAGAGAGUGGCCUGGACAAACAGUUCUUUGUGUGUCCCAAACUUUCUGGACAAUGCAAGUACAGUUGUCUAUUAGAAAUGGCCAAAAGGCACUAGAGGAUUUUCUGGAACAGAAUAAUAGACAGAUUGAGGACGUUGUCACCUUGGUGCGAGGAAAGCUGUCUAAGCAGAAUCGAGUGACGCUAGGAGCACUUGUUGUGCUUGAUGUUCAUGCUAGGGAUGUUCUUGCAUCUCUAGUAAGCAAGAAAGUCAAAGAUGAGAAUGACUUUGAAUGGUUAAGUCAGCUUAGGUACUACUGGGAGGAAGGGCAUCUACAAACAAAGAUGAUCAAUGCAGGACUGAGGUAUGGAUAUGAAUAUCUGGGCAAUACUCCUAGGCUGGUUAUUACUCCACUUACAGAUAGAUGCUACAGAACCCUAUUUGGUGCACUACACCUACAUCUUGGAGGUGCCCCUGAAGGUCCUGCUGGAACUGGAAAAACAGAAACUACAAAAGAUUUAGCAAAGGCUGUAGCUAAACAGUGUGUCGUUUUCAAUUGUUCUGAUGGAUUGGAUUACCUUGCAUUAGGAAAAUUUUUUAAGGGUUUAUUGUGUUGUGGAGCAUGGGCUUGCUUUGAUGAAUUCAACAGGAUUGAUUUGGAAGUACUGUCAGUGGUUGCUCAGCAGAUUUUUACUAUCCAAAGAGGCAUUAAUUCAGGAUCUGAUUUAAUAGUAUUUGAAGGAACUGAACUGAAACUGAACCCUACAUGUGCUGUCUUCAUUACUAUGAAUCCUGGUUAUGCUGGGCGUUCAGAGCUUCCUGAUAAUCUUAAGGCUCUCUUUAGAACAGUAGCUAUGAUGGUUCCUGAUUAUGCCAUGAUUGCAGAGAUUGUUCUGUAUUCUUGUGGUUUUGUUACUGCCCGACCUCUGUCUGUAAAAAUAGUGGCUACAUAUCGUCUGUGUUCCGAGCAGUUAUCUUCUCAGCACCAUUAUGAUUAUGGAAUGAGAGCUGUGAAGUCAGUACUCACUGCUGCUGGCAACCUGAAGCUGAAGUAUCCAUUGGAAGAUGAAGAAAUUUUGCUCCUUAGAUCCAUUACAGAUGUCAACCUGCCUAAAUUUUUGUCUCAUGAUUUACCACUUUUUGAGGGUAUUACUUCUGAUUUGUUUCCGGGUGUGAAGCUACCAAAAGCAGACUACAAUGACCUGUUGGAAGCCAUCAAAACAAACUGUGAUGCUAUGAAUUUGCAAAUGACUGACGUAUUUACUAUGAAGAUCCUACAGAUAUAUGAGAUGAUGAUUGUGCGUCAUGGCUUUAUGAUAGUGGGAGAGCCUUUUGGGGGAAAAACAUCUGCAUAUCGAGUUCUGGCAGGAGCUUUGGGAGACAUGUGUGAGAAGGGGCUGAUGGAAGAAAACAAGGUUCAGAUCACUGUUUUAAAUCCUAAAUCCAUAACAAUGGGUCAGCUAUAUGGACAAUUUGAUCCAGUGUCACAUGAAUGGUCAGAUGGCAUCCUAGCAGUGAGCUUCAGAGCAUUUGCAUCUUCCCCAACUCCAGAUAGAAAAUGGCUGGUUUUUGAUGGACCAGUGGAUGCAGUAUGGAUUGAGAAUAUGAAUACUGUGCUUGAUGAUAAUAAGAAGUUGUGCCUUAUGAGUGGAGAGAUCAUCAAAAUGUCACAGCAAAUGAGCCUUAUUUUUGAACCAAUGGAUUUAGAAGUUGCUUCUCCUGCUACUGUUUCAAGGUGUGGUAUGGUCUAUAUGGAGCCCCAUAUGUUAGGCUGGAGACCAUUAAUGAUGUCUUGGCUAAAUACAAUGCAUUUGGGAAUCAGUUCUGUGCAUAAAGAAUUUAUAAUAGGCCUAUUUGACAGAAUGGUUCCGCUCUGUCUUGAGUUUAUUAGGAAAUACACAAAGGAACUGUCUCCUACUUCAGAUACAAACUUAAUUCGAUCAUUAAUGAAUCUGAUGGACUGCAUGAUGGAUGAAUUUGCUGAUGAAGCCACAGUUAAAGCUAUGAAUGACCAUGACAUUUUCUCUUGGCUUGAGGGUGCUUUUUUGUUUUCACUGAUAUGGUCUGUAGGAGCUAGCUGUAAGGAAGAUGGUCGACUAAAAUUUGACAAAGUUGUGAGAGAAAUGCUUAAUGGACCAGUUAGUGAGGAGACAAUACAACAGUACAAACUGUUGAGCAGUAUUGAUCAACAGCCUUCAAAAGCUUUCACAGUCCCAUUUCCAACAGAAGGAACAAUUUAUGAUUAUCGGUUUGUCAAAAAGGGAGCAGGAAUUUGGGAACCUUGGGUGGAAACACUCAAAUCAGCUCCUCCCAUACGUCAAGAUAUGAUGUUUAAUGAAAUAAUUGUGCCAACUCUGGAUACAGUUCGAUACAUGGCAUUGAUGGAAUUGUUGACAGUGCAUCAAAAACCUUCUAUAUUUGUGGGGCCAACAGGAACUGGAAAAAGUACCUAUAUUACUGAUUUUCUUUUAAAUAAUUUGAAUAAAGAAGUCUACAAGCCACUGCUCGUUAACUUUUCAGCACAAACUACAGCAGCUCAGACUCAGAAUAUUGUAAUGUCCAAGCUCGACAAAAGGAGAAGAGGAAUUUUUGGACCUCCUCUUGGGAAAAGAAUGGUUGUAUUUGUAGAUGAUGUUAAUAUGCCAGCACGAGAGGUCUAUGGUGCUCAACCUCCUGUUGAAUUGCUACGGCAGUGGUUAGAUCACUGGAAUUGGUAUGACCUUAAAGACUGCUCCAUGAUUAAACUUGUAGAUGUUCAGAUUGUGUGUGCAAUGGGACCACCAGGUGGUGGUCGAAACCCAGUAACACCACGAUUCUUGCGACACUUUAAUACAGUUACUAUUAAUGAGUUUGAUGACAAAUCCAUGUACACAAUUUUUUCUAGAAUCUUAGACUGGCAUCUAACUGUAUGUUAUAGCUUUCCAUCACAAUAUGUAGAACUGACUCCACAAAUUAUUAAUGGAACCAUGAGUAUGUAUAAAGCAGCUAUGAAGAAUCUGCUUCCUACUCCAGCCAAAUCUCACUAUUUGUUCAAUCUCCGUGACUUUUCACGUGUUAUUCAAGGUGUUUGCCUGUCAAGGCCUGAAACAACAGAAUCAAAGUAACUCCUAAAGAAUUACAUUUUUAUUAUACAGGUUCUUAGAGUGUAUUAUGAUCGCUUGGUGGAUAAUCCUGACCGGGCUUGGCUUGUUGGAUUUAUCCAAGAAGUAGUGAAAAAUGACUUACAUGAAGACUUUCAUGAACUUUUCCAGAAUCUGGACUUCAACAAUGAUGGCAAAGUAGAAGAAGAUGACUUGCAUAGCUUAAUGUUUUGUGAUUUUCAUGACCCUAAGAGAGAGGACACUAAAUACAGGGAGAUCAGUGAUGUAGAUCAAUUGAGAUUAGUUGUAGAGAGUCACCUUGAAGAGUUUAAUAACAUCAGCAAAAAGCCAAUGCAGCUUGUCUUGUUCCGAUUUGCUAUAGAACAUAUUUGUAGAAUUUCCCGUAUUCUGAAACAGCCUCGCAGCCAUGCUCUCCUUGUUGGUGUUGGAGGUAGUGGUCGGCAAUCUCUUACUCGGUUAGCAGCCCAUAUGGCUGAAUACAACCUUUUUCAGGUUGAAAUAACGAAAAGUUAUGGUAUCAGUGAGUGGCAUAAAGACUUAAAAGUCAUACUAAGAAGAUCUACUGAAGGGGAAAUGCAGGGAGUGUUUUUGUUCACAGAUACACAGAUUAAAAAGGAAUCAUUCUUAGAAGACAUUAACAACUUACUAAAUGCGGGUGAAGUGCCAAACCUCUUUGCAGUAGAUGAGAAACAAGAAAUUUGUGAACAAAUGCGUCAAGUAGAUCGCCAGCGGGACAGGACAAAACGGACAGAUGGCAGUCCUAUAGCUCUUUUUAACAUGUUUGUUGAUCGCUGUCGAGAUCAGCUUCAUAUAGUACUGGCAAUGAGUCCCAUUGGAGAUGCUUUCCGUAAUCGCCUUCGUAAAUUUCCAGCUCUUGUCAACUGCUGCACACUCGACUGGUUUCAGACGUGGCCUGAAGAUGCAUUAGAAGCUGUUGCCUCUCGCUUCUUGGAAGAUAUCGAAAUGUCAGAGGAAACUCGAAGUGGGUGUAUUGAUAUGUGUAAAAGCUUUCAUAUGUCUACCAUUGUUUUAUCUGACUUAUACUAUGCAGAGCUUCAAAGACGCAACUAUGUUACACCUACUUCAUACUUGGAAUUGAUCUCCACUUUUAAAAGUCUACUCGAAAAGAAACGCAUUAAGGUGAUGAAAAUGAAAAGAAGAUAUGAAGUUGGCGUGGAGAAACUGGACUCUGCUGCAUCUCAAGUAGCCUUGAUGCAAUCUGAGCUGGAGGCUCUGCAACCUCAGUUACGUGAAGCUAGCAAACAGGUUGAUGAGAUGAUGGUCGUUAUUCAAAAAGAAUCUUUAGAAGUAGCCAAAACUGAAAAAGUCGUGAAAGCUGAUGAAGCAGUGGCAAAUGAGCAGGCUAUGGCUGCAAAAGCCAUCAAAGAUGAAUGUGAUGCUGACUUAGCACAAGCUAUGCCUUGUUUAGAAAGUGCUCUGGCUGCCCUUGACACUCUAACUGCACAGGAUAUUACAGUGGUUAAGUCCAUGAAGAGUCCUCCUGCUGGUGUCAAGCUUGUAAUGGAAGCUAUAUGCAUACUUAAGGGCAUCAAAGCAGAUAGGAUUCCAGAUCCAACAGGUUCUGGAAAAAAAGUUGAGGAUUUCUGGGGUCCUGCUAAGAGACUUCUGGGUGACAUAAGAUUUCUUCAGUCUCUUCAUGAAUAUGACAAGGAUAACAUUCCCCCAGCUUACAUGGCUAUCAUAAGAAAACAGUAUCUUACAAAUCCCGAGUUUGUACCAGACAAAAUUCGAAAUGCUUCCACGGCAGCAGAGGGUCUGUGCAAAUGGGUCAUAGCCAUGGAGUUUUACGAUACAGUGACAAAAAACGUUGCACCCAAAAAGCUAAAGUUGAAUCAAGCUGAAGGAAAAUUAAAGAUCGCUAUGGAAGGUCUAAGAAAGAAACAAGCAGACCUGAAAGAGGUGCAAGAUAAAUUGGCUGUACUCCAGCAGAGACUGGAAUCCAAGAAACAGGAGAAGGCUGACUUGGAAAAUCAGGUUGACUUAUGUAGCAAAAAACUACAGCGAGCAGAACAAUUGAUUGGUGGCCUUGGGGGUGAGAAAACUCGCUGGCAUGAGACUGCUUUGGAGCUGGGAAGGCAGUACGUCAAUUUGACUGGAGAUAUACUUAUUUCAUCAGGAGUUGUAGCUUACCUAGCAGCCUUUACAUCCAGCUACAGACAAAUGCAAACUAAAGAGUGGGCAUUGCUAUGUAAAACAAAAGACAUUCCUUUUUCUGAUGAUUUUUCCUUAACAAACACACUGGGAGACCCCGUGGAGAUCAGAGCUUGGAAUAUUGCUGGACUACCUUCUGACAUGUUUUCUAUUGAUAAUGGCAUCAUUAUCUCUAAUGCAAGAAGAUGGCCCCUGAUGAUAGAUCCUCAAGGUCAAGCAAAUAAAUGGAUAAAGAACAUGGAAAAAGCCAAUAACUUGCAUAUAAUCAAACUCAGUGACCCUCAAUUUGUUACAACACUGGAAAAUUGCAUUCAGUUUGGCAGUCCCGUGCUACUGGAGAAUGUUGGAGAAGAACUUGAUCCUAUCCUAGAGCCACUUUUGCUCAAACAGACAUUUAAGCAGUCAGGGAGUAUAUGCAUUUGCCUUGGAGACUCCAUUAUCGAGUACGCUCCUGAAUUCCGCUUUUAUAUUACAACUAAGCUGAGAAAUCCACAUUAUCUUCCUGAAACAUCUGUUAAGGUAACAUUAUUGAACUUCAUGAUAACUUCAGAAGGAAUGCAGGAUCAGCUUCUUGGAAUUGUAGUUGCAAGAGAAAGGCCAGAUCUUGAAGAAGAAAAACAAGCCCUUAUCUUUCAAGGGGCUGAGAAUAAAAGACAACUAAAAGAAAUAGAAGACAAGAUUUUAGAAGUUCUUUCAGCCUCAGAAGGAAACAUUUUGGAGGAUGAAACUGCUAUCAAGAUAUUGUCUUCUUCCAAAGUUCUGGCUAAUGAGAUUUCUGAAAAGCAAGCUGUAGCUGAAGAGACAGAAAAGAAGAUUGAUGCUACUCGUAUGGGCUAUCGUCCUAUUGCUAUCCAUUCGUCAAUCUUGUUUUUUUCUAUAGCUGAUCUAGCCAACAUUGAGCCAAUGUACCAGUAUUCACUCAUGUGGUUUAUUAACCUUUUCAUCAUGUCUAUAGAUAAUUCGGAGCAAUCAGAAGUUCUACAAACAAGGUUGAAGAUCCUCAAGGAUCAUUUUACAUACUCACUUUAUGUCAAUGUGUGUCGCUCCCUCUUUGAAAAGGACAAGCUGCUCUUCUCUUUUUGUCUAACUGUGAAUCUCCUCAAAUAUGAAAAAUUGAUUAAUGAGAACGAGUGGAAAUUUCUAUUGACUGGAGGCAUAGGUUUGGACAAUCCCUUUUCUAAUCCAUGUCCCUGGCUCCCUUCAAAAUCGUGGGAUGAAAUUUGUCGACUAGAAGAUUUGCCAUGCUUCACAAACAUUCGCGAGGAUUUUAUGCGGCUGAAGGAUGGAUGGAAAUUGGUAUAUGGCAGCUUGGAUCCUCAGCAUGAGGAUUUUCCUGCAGAGUGGCAAGACAAGUUGGGGGAGUUCCAAAGGAUGCUUAUCAUUCGCUGCCUGAGACCUGACAAAAUAAUACCAAUGGUGCAGGAAUUUGUUGUUCACAACCUGGGCCGUCCGUUUAUUGAGCCACCUCCGUUUGAUUUGUCAAAAGCUUUUUCUGAUAGUCAUUCUUGUGUUCCACUGAUAUUUAUACUUUCUCCUGGUGCCGACCCCAUGGCAGCCCUUCUUAAGUUUGCCGACGAUCAGGGAUACGGUGGGACAAAGCUUAGUUCUCUGUCACUUGGUCAAGGCCAAGGCCCGAUAGCCAUGAAAAUGAUAGAGAAGGCGGUAAAGGAAGGAACAUGGAUAGUUCUGCAAAACUGCCAUCUAGCAAGUUCAUGGAUGCCAAUACUGGAAAGAGUUUGUGAGGAGCUAAACCCUGAUACCACACAUCCAGAUUUCCGAAUUUGGCUCACCAGUUACCCAUCUGCCACGUUCCCGGUGUCUGUACUUCAGAGUGGAGUGAAGAUGACUAAUGAAGCACCAAAAGGUUUACGGGCCAAUAUUAUUCGUUCGUACCUGAUGGAUCCAAUAUCUGAUCCUGACUUUUUCAACAGCUGCAGAAAACCUGCGGAGUUCAAGACAUUGCUGUAUGGCCUCUGCUUCUUCCACGCACUGGUGCAAGAAAGGCGGAAUUUUGGGCCGUUGGGUUGGAACAUUCCGUAUGAGUUCAAUGAGACUGACCUGCGCAUCAGCGUCCAGCAGCUGCACAUCUUCCUUGACCAGUACGAGGAGGUGCCAUAUGAUGCUCUGCGCUAUAUGACUGGAGAAUGUAAUUAUGGUGGUAGAGUCACCGAUGACUGGGAUCGGCGUACGCUCCGUAGUAUUCUAAACAUGUUCUUUUCCUCAGAAAUCAUUACAAAUGUAAAUUAUAAAUUUGAUCCAAGUGGCCUUUAUUUUGCUCCUCCUGAAGGAGAUUACCAAAGCUAUAUCGAAUAUACAAAGACUCUUCCACUGAAUCCUUCCCCAGAGAUAUUUGGAAUGAACACAAAUGCCGAUAUUACCAAGGAUCAGUCAGAAACGCACCUGUUAUUUGAUAACAUAAUUCUUACACAGUCUCGGGCAUCUCAUGGUGGUGCAAAAUCCACUGAUGAAGUUGUUCAUGAAGUAACAGGUGACAUCCUGAGCAAACUUCCUCCAAAUUUUGACAUUGAAGCAGCAAUGAGAAGAUAUCCAACCACUUAUACUCAGAGCAUGAAUACUGUCCUUGUCCAAGAGAUGGGACGCUUUAACAAGUUAUUGCAGACAAUACGGAACUCCUGCAUUAACAUCCAGAAAGCAAUAAAGGGGCUAGUGGUGAUGUCUGCUGAACUGGAAGAAGUGGUAAACAGCAUUCUGAAAGGCAAAAUUCCAGGGCUGUGGAUGAAUAAGUCUUACCCAAGCCUCAAGCCUCUAGGCAGCUAUGUGACUGACUUCCUUAACAGACUGAAGUUCUUACAGCUGUGGUAUGAAAAUGGAACUCCACCAGUCUUCUGGAUUUCAGGAUUCUUCUUCACUCAAGCAUUCUUAACAGGUGCCCAGCAGAACUAUGCCAGAAAAUACACCAUUCCGAUAGACCUACUAGAAUUUGACUAUGAAGUGCUGGAAGAUAAGGAAUAUGAAGUUGCUCCUGAAGAUGGAGUCUACGUUCAGGGAUUGUUCUUGGAUGGAGCACGCUGGAACAGGCAAACUAAGAAGCUAGGAGAAUGUCAUCCAAAAAUCCUCUAUGAUACAGUACCUGUGAUAUGGCUAAAGCCAUGUAGGAGAGCAGACAUUCCACAGAGACCAAGUUAUCUGGCCCCAGUGUAUAAGACCAGCGAGAGACGAGGGAUCCUGUCCACUACAGGCCAUUCCACCAACUUUGUCAUCGCAAUGACUCUCCCUUCAGACAAACCGCAAGAACACUGGAUCAGACGGGGUGUGGCGUUGCUAUGUCAGCUUAACUCAUAA